GGUUCAACGUCGCGAUACACUUCGUCCCAGUCACCCCGACGGGCAAACGAAUGACCGACCGCUCCGAGAGAGCCCGAGGAGAAUCGUCGACGAGCGAUCAACGAGCGAGGAGGAUCCGUUGAUCGAGAAACGAACGGACGGCAGUGUCCAACGACCACGAAUCGGGAAGGAAGAAGUGAACGACACGCCGCUGUAGCCAAACCACGAUUACGCGUUUCGAGGAAGGAACAUUCAACGAAUACGAGAUUGACAACGAACGAAAAUAAAAAUGAUAUUCCCAACUGUUAUCUUUGCCUCUGCACUGACCGUGUUCUCGACCUUGUCUCUAGCUGUUCCCCUGACGGAUAUCAAGGAUGAUUUGAAUAGAUACGUGAUCGACACCAUGGCGUCUCCCUGUUCUUCCAUUGGAGGUUGCUGGGAUCUGUUACCAAUGGAAGAACUUGGCGAGACCAUAGGGGAAGACCUACCAAAAAUAAACGUACGAAGGGAAGCUGCGAACGUAGAUCCUAAUACGAUCAUUGAAUCAUGGGGAGAGAAUGCUUCUGUAAUAGAUAAAAAGACUCGCACGGCGUUACAGGACACUAAACAAAAUAAAAAUAGAUUGCUCAAAAAGGAUGUAGUUAUGUCUCGCAGCUGGGGUGCUGGUGGAAUGCCAUUCUCUAUUCUUUAUAUGAAUCCCCAUAGCCUUCGUGGAAAUCAUGCCAGUACUACACAAGAACAAGAGGUAGCGAAAACGAGCGACGCUUCUACCCCUCCGGUAGCUCACCCUAAUUAUCGUAUCGCAUUACGUAAUGGAUCUCCUAGCCAACCAAGAAGACAAUACUCGAUAAUACCACAGUUGUUUAUAUCUUACGGAUGGGGCUCAUUUGGUAAAUGAAAAGAAUCUGCUAAUCAAAAUAUUACGAAACGGAUGAAAUGAUCUCAUAACUUUGACCUGGAGAAUCACCCUUCUAGAUUCUUAAAUGUACCACUAUAAAACAUUUAAAUUUUGUUUGAACAUUCAUCCUAGCUCAAAGAUUUUUUCCCAUACGCAACUUGAAAAAAAAAUGUAAAAUAAAUUAAUCUGUAAUUUUUUUUCUACUCAC